AUGGCGGGCAUCUACAAGCGCUCCUACGGCCACUUCGGCGGCCGCAAGGACUUUGACACGUCCGAGAUCCGCACAACUCCCGCCGACGAGCUCUCGUCCUGGCUCGGCGACGAUGUCUGCACCAGUUGCGGUGGGCCAACGCCCCACGGCAAGCUCUUUUGCUCGGAAAAGUGCAAGCUCGCCGACGCCGAACAGGUAGCCCAGGCCAAGCACGACCAGGUCCGCGGCCUCCCCUCGCCCUCGCGCACCGACACCUUUGCCCGCGAUGACACCGAGCACAAGUUCCGCUACCCUUGCCCUCCGUCUCCAAACCUCCUCGCCCAGUACUCGACCCCGCUAAAGGCCACCUCGCUCACGUCGCCGGCCCUCUCGGCUUACCAGAGCUCGCUGCCGAACUCGAGGGGCAGGUACUACAACCGCUCUUCGAACGCAUCGACCGAGGCGGGCCACCUUUCGAUGCACAAGAAGCGGAGCAGCUCGCAGUCGACCUUCUCGUCCAUCUCCGAGUCCAACGGCAGCACCAGCGCCUUUGCCAGCACCGACCCCAGCACGCCUUCGCCCGCAUACGGAGCGACCGAGGACGAAUCGAGCGACCUCGACGCCAACGAGUUCCAGCUGCCGCCCUCGGUCAGCACCGCGAGUGCCGUCAUGCUCCGCCGCACCACGCGCGACUCGCCCAAGAUUAAGGAGGCCCAGCUACCCAGCGUCGGCAUGCGCCCCAGCGAGGGCAGCCAGCAGAAGUCGCCCAUGUGGUUCGCUCGCCGGCCAAGCACGACCAACCUCCCGCCCUCGAUGUGGUACACGUCGCCGGCCAUCACCGCAACCACCAAGGUCACCGCCACCGGCAAGGGCCUCCCUGCCAUCAGCACCUCGCAGCGCGGCGACGCCCAGGCCACGCUAACCAAGAAGGCCGCCAUGGACUUCUUCGCCAACAGCCGCAAGAUGGCCUCGCCAACGUCGCCAGCGCGCUCGGGUCCGGCUCCCGGCAGCGUCGCGAUGCGCCGGGGCCACUCGGACCAGCUCGGCGCACGCUCCCCUCCUCAGAUCCAGUCGGCCGCCUCGUCGGCGGGCAAGACGAUGCGGGCCAUCAGCCCGGAAAGCUCGCGAGCCCUGUCGCCGGCCACGGGCACCGAUGCCUCUUGCGACCGCUGCCGCACGCUGUCCAGUCUUUCGGGCGACAUCGACAUCUACGCCGCGAGCGUCCUGUCGCCUUCGGGCUCGCGCCGCGGCUCCACCUCCAGCGUCGACAACCGCAGCCUGCUCCACAAGCACAAGCACUCCCACAGCGCUGCCGCCGGCCUCUUCUUCACCCAGCUCCACGCGCAGGAGCAGGAAGCGUCGAGCUCGUCGCCGAGGCGGACCCCUUCCGGCAUGGUCGCCUCUCAGGAACAGAGCGAGCCCCGCUCCGCCAUGCAGCGCGGCCGGUCUUCGGCACGGGUGCGCAGCUCCACCCAGCGGAGCCGCAGCCCGCCUCGCGCAGCAGCUCGGCGACAAGCUUCGCCGGAAACGAGUGGACCGGCGUCUCCACUCCCGAUCUCGCCCAGGUCGAACCCCAUCUCCUUUGGGUCCAACCCCAGGUCGGCCGUCGUCGUCGACGACGACAUCUAUCACCACGACGAGCCCCUGCGCUCGGCACUUCCGGAGCGACCCUCGCCGCUCGCUCUCAAGACCCACCUCGAAGCUCAGGAGCCCUCCUCGCCAGAGGUUCGGGGCCGUGGUCGGGGCCGCGACCGUGGCACGUCCACGACGAGGGCCGAAAGCCCCAAGCGGCGGCAGUGGAUCCACCGAGACUGCGAGAUCUCGUGGGCCGGUUACGGCCACAGCUCGGCUGACCGGGGCUCCUCGUCUCGAAGCCGAGGGCCCCGGGGCCGCGGCCGUGCCGCCCGCAACGACGACCCGGGCUUUGAUGAUGUUGAGCUCGAGCUCGACGGCGACGCCAGCUCGGACUCGUCGGAGCCCAGCUCGUUUGAGCACAGCCCGCGGCGCGGGCGCACCGCCACGCGGCGAUCGACGUGA